GCUCUUGGACCUACCCUCACUCCCACGGUAGUCUUUGCGCACUACAGUGAUGUUGGGUCGCUUCGGGGUCUCUCGUCUCUGCCGGCUCACUCUGGCAGUUGCAAGGUCACAACCAAAUCGCACAUCAACAUGGUAUAGUUCGAAACCUAGAUUGUUUUACCGUGACCAAGGGAAGCCCGAUGAGAAGUUGGAGGGGAUGGCCCGCUACUUCAUGCUGGCGUUCUGGACGUGGAUGUUCUACCAUAUAAUUAAUAACGGUCGUGCAAUCAUUGGUGAAAAUGUAUUCCCAGAUCCAAGCACUUUUACGGAUGCCGAAUUGGGCAUUGAAUAGAAUGUAUCGUGGUAGUUGUCGCCCAUAAUUUCCGGCCAGUCAUUUUGAUUUCUCCUGUGUAAAUACAUAGCUUCAUGUUAGUC